UAAUCCCUUUUAAUUUUUCAGGCAACCAGCAUAAAGCGUGAAAUGACCUUCGCGGCAUUUCAGCAGGAGGAGCUAAAAAGUGAUCUGAAUCAAAAACUGUCAGACCAACAUUUUUUUCUGUUGGCGAUGAAGGAUGAGGAUUCGAAAACAGCAGACACCAAAAAACCUGCCAGAGUCCAUGAGCACGAGAAAGAAAGCACCCGCUCCAUAUGCCUUCUCGAGCAGAAACGCAAAGUUGUAUCUUCAAAUAUUGAUGUGCCUCCUGCAAGAAAAUCUUUGGAAGAACUGGAUAUGGAUAAAGUCACAGCAGCUAUGGUCCUAACCAGUUUAUCCACCAGCCCUUUGGUCCGCAGCCCUCCUGUCCGACCCAAUGAGUCCUUAAAUGGGUCUUGGAAAGAAGGAGGAUUCGUGCCUUCGAGUACCAGCAGCAGCGGGUAUUGGAGCUGGAGUGCUCCAAGCGACCAGUCAAACCCAUCCACCCCCUCGCCCCCUCUUUCUGCUGACAGCUUCAAACCAUUUCGACUGCCCUCCCAGGCAGAUGACGGCAUUGACGAAGCUGAAACCAGUAGUCUCCUCUUUGAUGAGCCCAUUCCUAGAAAGAGGAAGAAUUCCAUGAAGGUGAUGUUUAAAUGCCUUUGGAAAAACUGUGGAAAAGUACUGAGCACAGCUGUCGGUAUUCAGAAACACAUCCGGACCAUUCACCUUGGGCGUGCGGGAGAGUCUGACUACAGUGAUGGAGAGGAAGAUUUUUACUACACAGAGAUAUGCCUCAACACUGAUUCCGUAGCUGAUGGGUUAAGUAGUUUGUCUCCCGUCUCCCCGUCUCUAGCAUCUCCUCCUCCUUUUCCAUCACAAGAUGUGAGCAAAAGUGACCUGUCCUGUGCCAAAACAGAUGUGAAAGGGAUGACACCUCUAAGCCGCUCAGCUCCUACCAAUCUCUACCUCGUUCACUCUGACCAUGCUUACCAGGCCACAGCUCCUGUGAACAUUCCAGGAACAACAAAGUUCACUCCCAAUGGAAAUAGCUUUAGCAUCUCCUGGCAAUCACCCCCAGUUACCUUCACUGGCAUUCCAAUUUCACCAACACACACACGUCCUGCAGGGAGUGGAGAACAGAAGCAGCAGAUUCAGACCGUUCUGUCAUCCCCUCCUAGACUGUCAGUUGGCCUAAGAAAGCCGAGAGGAGAGGGGAAGAAAUGUCGCAAAGUGUAUGGGAUGGAGAACAGAGAUAUGUGGUGCACAGCUUGUCGUUGGAAGAAGGCCUGCCAGAGGUUCAUUGACUAAAGCAUGGAAAAAAACGAUGGAGGGGUAUGGAGUGAUUUAUGGCAGGAUUUUCUCGCUGUAGCCAGGCUGUGUGAUUUUCUUCUUCUUUUUCUGUCCACUCCCUUCAGUGCUGGCUUCUACUUUGCACUCUAAAGUGAAGUAGUUAUACCCCAAGAGGAGGACUCCUUCGAAGCCAACAUGCAGCAAUAUAGUGGGAAACAAACAAAAACAAAACCUUCAAAAAGUUUUGAAGCCGGAGCAGCUAUAUGUCUUUUUUUUUUCUUUAAAAGAAAAAAAAGAAAAUAACUCUUUUUAAUAACCUUGAACAAUUUGCCUGCCGGGACCAUGUGUUUUUUCACAUUGCAUUAUUGUCUGUGUUGUGAACUUUGGGGGGGUGGGAAAUCAAGUGAUACUUCUUUUCCUAAAAUGUUUAUGCACCACACAAAUGCAUAACAUGAGUUACAAUUUUCUCAAGAGCAGCUUUCCCGGCAGUGGUGAAUAAUUAUAAUGUGAGCAAGUCUUGAUACAGAGG